ACACACACACACACACACACACACACACACACACACACACACACACACACACACACACACACACACACACGAUGUGGGGCUCGUGUUACACAAUUAUCUACAAAAAGACGCUGUGCUGAUUUCUGAAUGUUUAUAAUUCUACUUCCGGCGAUGAGAAGUGACGUUGCUACGCAGCGGGUUGUUUGGUUGCUAUGGUUACCAGUUCAGCCGUGCAGUUUCCACGUGAAUAAGUGACCGGUAACAGAGUUUAUGUAAAGCGUUGUGUCUGUGGUGACAGAAUGGCUCCUAAACGUGUAAAGAGUGAUCGGGAUGGUAAUAAACAGUGGGAAGCAGCUCUGAGCUGUGCGGUGCUGCAGGAGGAGUGUUGGCAUGUGUGUGUGUCUCUGGUGGUGUGUGACAGUGUGUAUGAUGAGGUGUGUAUGAGAGCACUGUGUCAUGCCGUACAGCAGCCCCUCCGCCGCCUCUUCACCCUGCUGUCCUGGGAGAACCUGCUGCAGAAGAACUCAGAACUCAGAUUCAUCAGUAGCAUCUAAUGUGUCUCAGAUUAAUGAUCUUGGGAACCCAAAGAUGAGGAAGACCCAGGAGCUCCCUGCAUUUUAUGAGGUGACAGAGGUGGCGAGGUCAGUGUUGGACUCAGGAGAUGAGCUUUCUGUUGAUUUAUUGGCAAAAUUAGUGAAAUUUCAACUGCUGGACAUCAAGAACACUGAUAUACAGAGAAGAGCUGCUGUACAGAGAGCAGCAGAUUCAGUGUCUCAGGUUAAAGAGAAAAGUGCUAAAGGCUCAGCUAAAGGAGAAAAAGGUAAAAAUGCAGCAGAAGUUUCACCUCCUCAAAAAGACACCAAGCUGAAACGUAGAGGAGACGAAGACACCAGCAGCUACAUCGGUAAGUCCUUUAAAAGGUUAAAGGUCAAUGGCAGAGUUUUCUGCCCCUGCAGCGUUCAGCAUGGUGUUCAGUGUGUUCACUCCGGGUUCUUAUUUCACUGCAGUGAGUGUGUUGUGUUUAUAGAGCAGAUGGAGGAUGUGUGUAAGACGUAGAAGCAUAAA